AUGCUCAUCACGUGGCACCAUCGUAGGAUGCUCAUCACGUGGCACCAUCGUGGCACCAUCGUAGGAUGCUCAUCACGUGGCACCAUCGUGGCACAAUCGGUCCCAUCCCCGACGGAGUCUCCCCCUUCCCUGGAGAACGGAGCUGAACUCGACCCAACCAGCCAUGGAGGUCACUCUCCGUGGAAGUCGAAGAAGUUAUCCUCUGGCAACAGGGGUCUCCGUGGAUAUGUUGAGCCCGGAACUGACACAGACCAGAAACAGCUUUGCCGCCCUGGAUCCAGAGGUUCCGGCGCCUUCGUCCUUGGUGGCUUCCCGAUCAAGAUCGGAUCCGGAGUUACCUGCGUCUUCGUCCUCGGCUCUGUCUCCCUCUCCGGUGGCUUCUACCUCGGUGUCCAGAAGCCCAGAGCAGAGUCACCUACAACCAGCCUGCUAUCAAUGAAGAGUAAUCAGGCACCUGCUUUCAGCCAGGAACCAUUACCAGAUGACAAUAAGGAAGUGGAGAGUUUGGACAGUGAGGAUGCAUUAAAGAUCACACACAACCUUGUGGACAGAAGAAGUCAAACUCUGCUGACAGUCCAACAAGACAUUAAGGCUAAACUGAAACACAAGUAUCAACACAUAUCUGAAGGAAUUGGACACCAUGGAAACCAAAGUCUGUUCAAGGACAUCUACACAGAGCUCUACAUCACAGAGGGUGGAAGUGGAGGGCUCAAUAAUGAACAUGAGGUUAGACAGAUAGAGAUGGCAUCCAAGAAACAAACCACACAAGAGACACCAAUCAAAUGCAACGACAUCUUCAAGCCUUUACCUGGACAAGACAAACCUAUCAGAACUGUGCUGACAAAAGGAAUCGCUGGCAUUGGAAAAACAGUCUCUGUGCAGAAGGUCAUCCUUGACUGGGCAGAGGGAAAAGCAAAUCAGGACAUUCAUUUCAUGUUUCCUCUUCCUUUCCGUGAUCUGAACCUGAAAAAGGACCAAUACAGUCUGAUGCAACAUAUUUCCCACUACUUGUCAGAGCUGAAAGAGAUUGACAGCAUUGAAGAUGGUGAAACCAAAACUGUUUUCAUUUUUGAUGGUCUAGAUGAGUGUCGACUUCCUCUAGACUUCACAAACAAUAAAAAAUGCUCUGAUGUCACGAAGCCAACCUCAGUGGACGUGCUGCUGACAAACCUCAUCGAGGGGAAUCUGCUUCCCUCUGCUCUCCUCUGGAUAACCUCAAGGCCUGCAGCAGCCAAUCAGAUCCCUCCUGAGUGUGUUGACCAGGUGACAGAGGUACGAGGGUUCAAUGAUCCACAGAAGGAGGAGUACUUCAGGAAGAAAAUCACAGAUCAGAAUCUGGCCAAUGAUAUCAUCAAACACAUGAAGAAAUCAAGGAGCCUCCACAUCAUGUGCCACAUACCAGUCUUCUGUUGGAUAUCAGCCACUGUCCUUGAGAUGAUACUGAAAGAGGCAGAGAAGGAUGAAGUCCCCAAAACUCUGACCCAGAUGUACUCACAUUUCAUUCUCAUCCAAAUCAUUGUGAAGAACAAGAAGUACAACAAAGCCACAGAGACAAACCCAAAGGAACUGUCUCAGUCAGACAAAGAGAUGAUCCUGAAACUGGCAAAGCUGGCUUUCCAACAGCUGCAGAAGGGCAACCUGAUCUUCUAUGAGGAGGACCUGAGAGAGUGUGGCCUUGAUGUCACAGAGGCAUCAGAGUACUCAGCAUUGUGUACAGAGAUCUUUAAAGAAGAAUCUGGGCUGUACCAAGACAAGGUCUACAGCUUUGUGCAUCUGAGCAUUCAGGAGUUUCUAGCAGCAGUGCAUGCUUUAGAAUCAUGUCUGGACAAGAAGGAAAAUGUUUUCUCCACCACUAGUGAUGAUGAAGAGAAGGAGUCAAUCCAGUUGUCUGACUUACACAGGAGCGCAGUGGACCAGGCCUUGAAGAGUGAGAAUGGACACCUGGACCUGUUCCUCCGCUUCCUUCUGGGUCUCUCACUGGAGUCCAAUCAGAAUCUGUUACGAGGCCUUCUGACACAGACAGGAAGUACAACACAGACCAAUGAGGAAACAGUUGAGAGAACAGUCAGGUACCUUUCAGACAAGAUCAAAAGGGAAUCCUCAACAGAAAGGAUCAUCAACUUGUUCCACUGUCUGAAUGAACUUGGUGCCAACUCUCUAGUUGAAGACAUGCAGACCUCCCUGCAUUCAGGAACUCUUUCAGAAACAGAGCUAAAACCUAACCAAUGUUCAGCCCUGGCCUACCUGUUACUGAUGUCAGAGGAGGUGCUGGAGGAGUUUGACCUGAAGACAUACAACACAUCAGAGAAAGGUUAUCAGAGGUUGCUGCCGGUAGUGAAAACCUGCAAGAGAGCACUACUGGAUAAAUAUAAGCUCAUAUAUAAAUCCUGUGAGACUCUGGCCUCAGCUCUGCAGACACCAAACUCCCCCCUGAGAGAAUUGGACCUCAGAUACAAUGACCUGGGAGACAGAGGAGUGAAGCUGCUCUGUGAUGGACUAACCAGUCCACUCUGCAACAUACAGACACUUGUUCUAGGUCAGUGUGGUCUGACAGAGGGUUGCUGUUCAGAUCUGGCCUCAGUCCUGAGUUCACCCAACUCACAACUGAACCAACUGGAGCUGAGAAACAAUGACCUGCAGGACUCAGGAGUUACACUGCUGUCUGCUGGACUGGAGGAUCCAGACUGUAAACUACACACACUGGGGCUGUCUGGCUGUCUGGUCACAGAGGAGGGCUGUGCUGCUCUGUCUUCAGCUCUGAGGUCAAACCCCUCCCACCUGAAAGAGCUGGACCUGAGCUACAAUCACCCAGGAGACUCUGCAGGGGUACUGCUUUCAGCUGCUCUGGUGGAUCCUGCAUAUAAACUGAUGAAGCUUACUGUGGAUCAUGGUGGAGAGUGCUGGCUGAAAUCAGGGCCGAGGAAAUAUGCCUGUCAUCUCACCCUGGACCCAAAUACAGCACACCCAAACCUGAUACUGUCUGAGGGGAACAGGAAGGUGACAUUGGUGGAAGAGAAGCAGCAUUAUGAAGACCAUCCAGACAGAUUUGACUAUCAUUCCCACGUUGUCUGCAGAGAAGGCUUAUCUGGAGGUCGUAAUUACUGGGAGGUGGAGAAUGAUGGUGACCAGAUUUACAUCGGUGUGGUGUACAAAGGAAUGAAGAGGAAGGGAGAUGAGGAUGACAGUUGGAUUGGACUCAAUAGGAAGUCCUGGUGUUUAUUCUGCUCUGAUAGUGGUUAUGACUUUUACCAUCCUGGAGUCAGUGUCAGAAGAUCCAUCUCUGAUCCUGAUUCUAACAGAGUUGGAGUGUAUCUGGACUGGUCAGCUGGUACUUUGUCCUUCUAUAGUGUGUCCUCCUCUGGUACACUGACACACCUUUACACAGAACACACCAGAUUCACUGAACCUCUCUAUCCUGGGUUUGGGUUUGAGGUUUCCUCCUCCUCAGUCACUCUGUGUCAGAUGAUCAACACAAUCAAAGAUGCCUGUCAUCUCACCCUGGACCCAAAUACAGCACACCCAAACCUGAUACUGUCUGAGGGGAACAGGAAGGUGACAUUGGUGGAAGAGAAGCAGCAUUAUGAAGACCAUCCAGACAGAUUUGACUAUCAUUCCCACGUUGUCUGCGGAGAAGGCUUAUCUGGAGGUCGUUAUUACUGGGAGGUGGAGAAUGAUGGUGACCAGAUUUACAUCGGUGUGGUGUACAAAGGAAUGAAGAGGAAGGGAGAUGAGGAUGACAAUGCCUGUCAUCUCACCCUGGACCCAAAUACAGCACACCCAAACCUGAUACUGUCUGAGGGGAACAGGAAGGUGACAUUGGUGGAAGAGAAGCAGCAUUAUGAAGACCAUCCAGACAGAUUUGAUUAUUAUCCUGACGUUGUCUGCAGAGAAGGCUUAUCUGGAUGUCGUUAUUACUGGGAGGUGGAGAAUGAUGGUGACCAGAUUUACAUCGGUGUGGUGUACAAAGGAAUGAAGAGGAAGGGAGAUGAGGAUGACAAUGCCUGUCAUCUCACCCUGGACCCAAAUACAGCACACCCAAACCUGAUACUGUCUGAGGGGAACAGGAAGGUGACAUUGGUGGAAGAGAAGCAGCAUUAUGAAGACCAUCCAGACAGAUUUGACUAUCAUUCCCACGUUGUCUGCAGAGAAGGCUUAUCUGGAGGUCGUAAUUACUGGGAGGUGGAGAAUGAUGGUGACCAGAUUUACAUCGGUGUGGUGUACAAAGGAAUGAAGAGGAAGGGAGAUGAGGAUGACAUGACCCUGUGUCAGAUAGAUGAUCAACACAAUCAAAGAGACCACGGUGGAGAGUGUUGGAGCAAGCCUGGACCUGAGAAAUGGAUUCCUCAGAGCUGUAAGACUUGUGAACAUGUUGAGGACUCCACACACUGGCUUCAGAUUGAACCCUUGACUUCCACUGUCCAGGGAGUGACAAUGUUCAGACACAGGACACCCAAAGGGAGUUAUGAGUGCACAGUGUCUGGGCUCCGCUGGCUGUGUGAGAGAGAUGUCAUUCUGAAGUAUCACUUCAGGAACUGGAAACCCUACAGUCAACUUCUGCAAGACAUGCAGUACACACGAGGUGGUCCAUUGCUGGACAUCACUAUGGAGUUAGGUGCUGUGUCGGGGGCAGGGCGUCCGGCUGAGAGCAGUCUGACUGGUUCUCCAGAGCAGCAGCUGCGUUCUGUACGGACAGAGUUUGUGAAACGAGUAUCAGGACCUGUCCUGAAUGGUCUGCUAGACGGACUCCUGCAACAAACAGUCAUCAACCAGGAGGAAAUGGAGUCAGUGAAGGUGAUAGCUGAGAGGGCAGAGAAGGCACGUGACAUCAUCGACAUGGUGUUGAGAAAAGGAAAUGAGUCAAGUUCCAGGAUGAUCAUCUUUCUUGGGGAGCUGGACCCCUGUCUUUGGACAGAGCUUCAGAUCAACAGUUGUAGUCAACCCCUGGAGCCUCCUGGAAGUGUGGAUCUUCUAGCAGGGGGGUCAGUCAGUCCUCCACUAGGUACCUAG